GGUUGCAUCUUGGUGUAUUUGAGUGUUUGCAAUAAAAAGGGCUUUUAAUUUUUGGAGGUGCAGGUCCAGCUGCAAUUAGUUCACUGAAAAGUCUACCCCCUUGCAAGCAGCCAACCGCGGCUAGCUUUAGCUCUCUAUUUCUCCCUUGCAAUUGCAAGCCACUAAUUCAGAGGUGCAACUAUGCCUAAAAGAAAGGCAGCCGUUGAAGGGCAGGUAAAGGAGGAGCCAAAGAGACGGUCACCUAGAUUAUCUGCUAAGCCUGUUCCUCCUAAAUCUGAGCCCAAAACCAAAAAGGCAGCAGCCCCAAAGAAAAUGAACGUAGCAAAUGAUAAAAAGGAAGUCAAAGGCAAGAAGGGGGCAGCCAAAGUCAAGGUUGAAACCAAGCAGGAGGAAGUGAAAGAAGAAAAUCACUCUGAAAAUGGAGAGACCCAAACUAACGAGGUGCCAGCUGUGGAAGAACCUGAGGAGAAAGCAACCAAGUCUGACAUGAAGUUAAUUCUGGAACGUCUCCAUCUUGGUCGCUUGGCUAUGAUGUCGCCAACAAGAUAUCACUGUCUCUGCAUUUUGUGAUUGUAAUAGUUUGAUCUAUGGGAAGAAUAAGUGGUGGUAGCUUCUGACUUUUGUCACUGUGUCCCUUCUUUGUGUAAGCUAUCCUUUCUGUCCUUUGGGUUUUUCUUUGGCCCUGGCACAUGUUUGAUUCAGUGAAGUGGGGAGGUCCCAAAUAGAAAGUUCUUGCAUCAGCUAGUCCAGGGUGUCUGUGAGUUGAUUUUAUAAAGAAGGUGAGCUAUUUUCAUGAAAUUCUAAGAGUUGGAAAUAUCUUUCCCAAAUAUAACUUUAAUAUUAGUUUUUGAAAGAAAGUAAAAUGUAAUCAUGUUUUUAAACAAAAUACAAAUGUUUAUUUCAAAAGGGCAGGUUGAUUGUAUGUGUAGCCACUAUUAGAAAUUUUGCUGGAUUUAUCUUGAUAAAAUAAAAAGAC